AUGCUCUGCGUUGCGCCCGGCCCCGGACUACAUUUCCCAGCGGCCCCCGCGGCCCGGCCCGGCUGCCAGCCCAAGCGCCGCGGCCUCUUUGUGAGUUGGCUGUGGAGUCGAGUCCUAGCCCCGGCUCGCCCGCGGGGGCGCUCGGCUCCCGGCCUCCGCGGACCGCCCGGAGCCGGUGCCGACUCGGAGGGAGGCGGCGGUGAGGAGUCUGGGAGCGCGCGCGCGCGCCUGGGCAGGAUCGCCGGGCUGGAGCGGGCGCCGGGAGCAGCCGCGCCCCCGUGUGUGAGGGCGACCUGUGACAGCGUGUGUGACCGCGGUUUGGUGACAUUUGGGGAUGUGGCUGUAGAUUUCUCUCCAGAGGAGUGGGAAUGGCUGACACCUGCUCAGAGGAAUUUGUACAGGAAGGUGAUGCUGGAGAACUAUAGGAGCCUGGUGUCACUGGGAGCUUCUGUAUCGAAGCCAGACGUGAUCUCAUUGUUGGAGCAAGGAAAAGCGCCCUGGAUGGUGAAGAAGGAGGGGACAGGAGGCCCAUGCCCUGAUUGGGAACAUGUACUUGGAGAUAGUGAAUUUUCAUCAAAGAAAGCUAUUUAUGAAGAGUCAUCCAGAGUGGUGAUGAUAGGAAAAAGCCACCACAGUUAUGACCAUGAUUGCUCCAGUUUGAGAGAAGACUGUACCAGUGAGGGCUAUUUUGAGAGCCAGUUGGGAAGCCAGGAGACACAUUCAAGUCAACUGAUGAUUGUGCAUAAGGAAAUCCUUACUGAAGAACAAAGCAGUAAAUAUAGUAAGUCUUGGCGAACUUUCCAUCGGGAUGCUAUGGUUGAUAUACAACAUAGCAUUCCCACCAAAGAAACAGUUCAUAAGCACGAGCCAAAAAAGAAAAGGUAUCGAAAAAAAUCUGUUGAAAUGAGACGUAAGAAAGUCUACAUAGAAAAGAAACUUUUGAAAUGUAAUGAGUGUGAGAAGGUGUUCAACCAGAGCUCAUCUCUUACUCUUCACCAGCGAAUUCACACUGGAGAGAAGCCCUAUGCAUGUGUUGAAUGUGGGAAAACCUUCAGCCAGAGUGCAAACCUAGCUCAACAUAAGAGAAUACACACAGGGGAGAAACCCUAUGAGUGUAAGGAAUGUAGGAAAGCCUUCAGCCAGAAUGCACACCUGGCUCAACACCAGAGAGUUCAUACUGGAGAAAAACCCUAUGAGUGUAAGGAAUGUAAAAAAGCCUUCAGUCAGAUUGCACACCUGACUCAACACCAGAGAGUUCAUACUGGAGAGAGACCUUUUGAAUGUAUCGAAUGUGGAAAGGCCUUUAGCAAUGGCUCAUUUCUUGCUCAGCAUCAGAGAAUCCACACAGGUGAGAAACCUUAUGUGUGUAAUGUGUGUGGGAAAGCCUUUAGCCAUCGUGGAUACCUAAUUGUACAUCAGAGAAUUCAUACUGGAGAGAGGCCCUAUGAAUGUAAGGAAUGUAGGAAAGCCUUCAGCCAAUAUGCACACCUUGCUCAACAUCAGAGAGUUCAUACUGGAGAAAAACCUUAUGAAUGUAAAGUAUGUAGGAAAGCGUUCAGCCAGAUUGCAUACCUGGAUCAACAUCAAAGGGUCCAUACAGGAGAGAAACCCUAUGAAUGUAUUGACUGUGGGAAGGCCUUCAGCAACAGUUCCUCACUGGCACAACAUCAGAGAAUUCAUACUGGAGAAAAACCUUACGAAUGUAAUGUUUGUGGGAAAGCCUUUAGCUAUAGUGGAUCUCUUACUCUACAUCAGAGAAUUCAUACUGGGGAAAGACCCUAUGAAUGUAAGGACUGCAGGAAAUCUUUCAGGCAGCGUGCACACCUUGCUCAUCACGAGAGAAUUCAUACUAUGGAGUCGUUCUUGACUCUUUCCUCUCCCUCACCCUCCACAUCCAGUGACAAGCACACGAUCCUCAAAACAGCCUAA